AAGAAAUAGAAGUAACAUAACCUUAACGUAAUAUUAAAGGAACUUUAAAAUUGGCGAAAUGUCUUCAGUUAAUUUUUUUAUUAAAAGAAGCUUAUCAACAACCAGUAUAAGAUAUGGUAAAAGAAAUUUUAAGAAGUUUUCCAUAUAUAAUAAAAGAGGAACUAGAAUCUUCAAACAACAACAAAUGGAAAAUCCAGACCCUGAAGUCCCUAUUCACAAAAGAGGCGUACGGGACGUUGGUUAUCAGGAAGGAGACAAAUUUAUUACCAUUCCAGAAAGAAUACCAGAAUUAAUAGUACCAGAUUUGAGGAACUGUCAGUUGAAACCAUAUGUCUCCUACAGAGCCCCAGAUGUCUUUCAAUCAGAAUUCACAGCUGAAGAUUUAUUUAAUGUAGUAUAUGCUCCAAAAAUAGCAAAAGAUUUUAAAGAGGGAAAGCUUACAGAUGAUGGCCAGCCUUUAGAACCUUCAAGGGAAGAAAAAAUUACAGCUGAAGAGGCAAAAAACAAAGCCAAGCAGACAGGAACAGACAUAUUUUAGUUUAUUAGUAAAAUUUGUUAAUACAUUAGUAGUAUUUA